AUAUAUUCAUAUAUGUUGGUUACGAUAUCAACAGCUCAUUGAAAUUUAAAGAAAUCAAAAGUAAUCUCUGAUACUUCUAAAAAAUUUAAUUUAAACUAUAUUAUCCAAUGAUGCAAAUAAUCGUGACGUAGGAUUCGAGUUUGUGUAUAUCACUUUAGUGUCACAAGGAUUAAAGGAAACUUGGUGCAGGUAGCUCGAAGUGGAGUUUUGCUAUCUCUUAUGUUUCUGCUAUUUAGGUUAUUUAUUAACCUUAUGAAUUAGGCUAUUAACCUGCGUUAAUCCCACAAGUGGACAAUCAACUUAGACAAUGGAACAAUGAACAUAGUGUAAAACACUUCACUUCAACGGAGAAUCAAGUACCUGCACUCCCAUAUUCUAGAAAUUCAUAUUCAUUUCAACUUUUGAAGUUUGGAUUUCAAUGUAAAUACAAGUGACACCAUUGCUGUUUCAUAGAAAUGGAAACACAUGGCGUGUUAACCUAUGAUUCAUUCACUUCAACAAAUGCAUGGAUCUAUAUGUGAGAUUUGAAAUUGGAUUUUACGUUUUCUGUUUUUCCACAUGAUAUUUGAAGAUGGAGGCAGGUACAGGAGAAAUAGAUGAUCUUGCCGCUCUUAGUAGUCUCAGCGAACCCCUUCUCCUAGAUGAGAUAAGGAUAAGAUACAGCAAAGAUAUAAUAUACACCUACAUUGGUGACAUUCUAGUCGCAGUCAACCCAUAUAAACGACUGCCUAUAUAUGGGCCAGAAAUUUCUGAGAAAUACAGCAAUAUUAAAGUAAGACAGCAUCAUUUGCCCCAUCUCUAUGCUAUAUCUGAUCAAGCCUACCAGAAGCUAUGCAAGACAGGGGCAAGUCAGUGUUGUGUGGUCAGCGGGGAGUCUGGUGCAGGUAAAACUGAAAGUACAAAACUCCUAGUGAAACACAUUGUGAAUACACUAUGCAACCAGAAGGACACCAGCCUCCAUGAACAGAUUGUAGAGGUGAACCCUCUUUUGGAGGCAUUUGGUAAUGCACGUACUGUUAUGAAUGAUAACUCAAGUAGAUUCGGCAAGUUCAUUGAGCUGAAGUUUACACCCGGGGGAGAGGUCAUUGGAGCCAGGAUAGAUGACUACCUACUGGAGAAGUCACGUGUAGUCCACCAGGGUCCUGGAGAAAGAAACUUCCAUGUGUUUUACUACAUGUUUGCUGGAAUGUCCAAAAAAGAAUUGAACGAUCUUCUCUUAGGGAAGCCUGAGAAACAUAGGUUCCUGAAGCCGCGGGAUGGAAGUGCAGUUUACACAUCUGAGUUAGAUUUCUUCUAUAACAAAGACAUGUAUAGAAAGCUGACUGAGAUAAUGGAACUAGUUGGUUUCACAGAACAAGACCGCAAAAUGAUCUUUGCACUCCUGGCUGCCAUAUUGUAUGUGGGCGAUAUCCAGUUUGAGAAGGAUCCUGACACUGAUGGGGUUUACAUUGUAGAUGAAUAUCCCCUUGAUGUCGUUGCCGAUCUACUAGGGCUAUACCCAGAGGAGCUAGCGAGGAUAUUGAUAUCAAAUCUUGCCAUAAUUAGAGGAGAAAGGAUAGUCAGUAUGAAGAAUCUCUACCAAGCCAGUGAUGGCCGUGACGCACUUGCCAAAUCCUUAUAUGGUCGUCUUUUUGACUGGAUCGUCAGGCAGAUAAAUAUUAAAUUGAAACCUGAGCAUGCUGCAAGUGCUUCAGCACAGAUAGGCAUUCUAGACAUAGCUGGAUUUGAGAACUUUCCCCAUAACAGCUUUGAGCAACUGUGUAUUAAUGUUGCCAAUGAACAGCUGCAGUUUUAUUUCAACCAACACAUCUUCACAUGGGAGCUGGAUGAGUAUGCUAAAGAAGGAGUCAAGGGAGAAAAGAUUAAGUUUGUCAAUAACCGCCCACUUCUGGAUUUAUUUCUAGAGAAACCAUUGGGUUUGUUCUCCUUACUGGAUGAGGAGAGUAAGUUCCCCAAGGGAUCAGAGCAGUCACUGUUAGAGAAGCUUCAGAAACACCUGGGCAAGAAGCAAGCAUUUAAAGCAUCUCGCUCAAGCCAUGAUCUGAGGUUUACCAUAGAGCAUUAUGCAGGAGAGGUGAAUUAUGACAUGCAUGCUUUCCUGGAGAAGAAUCGUGACACACUAGGGGUGAAUAUAGUUGAGUGUAUGCAGAAUAGUGACAGUCAGAUCGUAGCUGAUUUAUUUACUCCAAAUGGAUCAUUUGAAACCAACAACAAUUCAAUGCAGAGAACUAGAAAGUCAGUGCUCUACUGUAAAGCUCCAGAUCCAAAACGGUUUGAAAGUUUGUCAAGAAAAGCAGCAAAAAAAUUGCUCAAAGAAAAAGCUAAGCAUUCCGGUGCACCUGAUUCAGCAGUACAGAAAACAGUCAGUGCCUAUUUCACAAGUUCCCUGACUGAACUGAUGAGGAAAUUGCUGGAAGCUGAGCCACAGUUUAUUAGGUGUAUAAAACCAAACACUGAUCAAAGACCAAACAUAUUUGACUCCCGAAUAAUCCUCCAACAGUUGCGUUACACUGGGGUUCUAGAAACAGUGAGGAUUAGACGGAUGGGCUUCCCUACACGCUUGCCUCUGGAGGUGUUUGUAAAGCGCUACAGAAUUAUUGCAUUUUCUUUCACUGGUCACGUGGAGCCCUCACACGGCAACUGUCGCAGAAUCAUAAACAAAGCGAACCUUCACAAUUGUGAGAUUGGAAAGAAUAAGGUGUUCCUGAAAUACUGGCACAAUGAGCAACUUGACCUUUGUCUGGACAGGGUCAUUAAAGACAUUGUAUUUGUGCAGUCAUAUGUGAGGGGAUUCCUGGCUAGGAAACGUAUAAAAGUUAUCUUAGCUAACGUGCACAGGUCGAAGAGUCUGUUGUCAACAUUCAUGGUGAUGUUAUCUCAGGAUACAGAGAGGUUGUUUUAUACAAUGAAUUCACAAAGAGAGCAUGAUGCAGCGAGACAUGAACGAGAGGUUGAAAGACAGCAAGAAGAGGAAAGACAGGCUGAGGUGAAACGUCGUCAACGAGGUCAAUUCCGUUAUGGCCUAGACACACCCAGAGACUCCAUCUAUCACUUAGGCCAGCAAGUACCAAACUAUAAAGCCCCAGAGGAACCUCUUGCUGACUACACAAUAGACCCUAAAAGAGCCACUAAACCAAAUGGUUUUAUUAAGAAGCCAACAUCUGGUUAUGAUGGCUAUGAAAGACCUGUUGUGAAACAGAAUAUAAAACGAAAACCAACAAAGCAUGAUCCAAACCACCAAUAUUUCAGUCAUGACACACUUCAAUCUAAUGCUGGGACAGCCAUCUAUAAUGAAAGUGAAUUUGAAUACAGUGAAUUUGGGCAUUACAGUAGGGGAAAGGUGGCGCUACCCAUUGCACACUUGGCAAAUAAACCAAAGCGACUGUCAAAUGUUGACUUUUAUGAUGAUAUACUGCAUGAGGCCAUCGAUAAAUAUGGUGAGCUAAGUAGAGAUAUCUGGAGCAAGAUCCUAUAUGUUGAGAAAGAUGCAAUACUUGCCAAGUUCUACGUGAAUGAAACUGAAGUGCUAAUAGAUGGCAGUGAUGUACAAUAUACCGGUGACACGAUUGGACUUGGAUCCAUUGACAAUCCAAACAGAGAUGAAAAAAGUAAAAAGAUCAGGGACUUUAUAGGAAGAGGACUGAUUCUGAAACAUGAUAAUGAUGGGAGCAUUUGGGCCACGAGGAUCUGUAAAAAUGAUAUUAUUGUGAAGGGCUAUGAGAAUCCAGCUCAACACAGUCUCUCGGAGGAAGUUGUACUAGAGAUGGGGAGACUGCCCAUGAAUAAACCAGUGAAGGUGUUUGACAUGAAAGAGUUCAAAAGUCAUAUGGCCCUCGAGAUGUCAACGAACCAACCAAGGUCACAUCGUCUACAACGACAGGCAAUUGUUGCCAUCAGUUUUGUGCGUAACACUAUCGAAGAUUUACAGACUCCAUGUUGGAUUUGCAUUGUCAAUUUUGCUGCAUUAGAUGCUUUGGAGAAUGAAAAAGUAUUGAUGGAGGUACAGAAUCUCUCCCAUCUGAAUCUUAACCGCCCUCAGUCCUCAACUUCACAGAGUAGUCACUCUCAGGAUCCACCCCCACAGAGACACAGGUCCUAUGCAUACAGGGACUCGCCACAGAGGAGCUCACGUCAUCAACGCAAUGAACUCAGAAAGCAGGGAAAAGUAGUUGGGGAUCAUGAUGAGUACAGUUGGCAUGAAAAAUAUUAUGAUUCACCCAUGCCUCGCAGGAGCUUCAAGAUGAAGAACUCAAAGAUAGAAGAGGAACAUGAAGAAGACAGAGCAAGUUACUACAAGGGACCUGAUUUUGUGGAUUCCCUUGUGCAGGAUAGACGGCCCUUUAGUUAUACAGAGCCAUCUGUUGUGCCCCAGGGAAAUGCAUAUGGCAACAAAUAUAACCCUAUCAGAGUAAAUUCAUCUCCACGCAAGAACUGGGCCAAGUUUAAAUAGAUAAUAAAACAUGCUUUCAAGGCGACUCAAAUAUGCAGUUUGGAACUAGAUCUUCCAGAGAUUUUUAACUUGAAACAUUUUAAUUGUUUCAAUAUAGCAAUUCCAUGACAUAAACAUUUCUCCAGGGUGAAUAUACAUGCCACUUCAAUCUAAAUGAACUUGUAGAACUCUGGUGAGAUACGAUUGGUCUAUUGACCAAUGUAUAUUGGAAAGUAACCAUAACUAAUGUGUUCUAACAGGGUGACACAGUAUUAUGUACUACAUGUAUUUAUAAAUGUUGUCUCACGUCAACUGGCACCAAUGAUAUAUGUCAAACACAAUACAACAUUUACUCUAAACAAAACCUUUAUGUAACUAAUAAUAUACUGAUGGUAUUAUAUGCUUUCAGAAGUAAGCCAGCAAUCCAUGUGUAAUGAGAAAAUGUGCAAAUACUUCUAUGUGAGUUUAAAAUGUAUUCAAUAGAUGUAAAUAAGAUGUUUCACUGUAUUUCAAUGCUUGUUAAAUAUUAAUAUUGUGUUUACUCUGAUGCAUGUACAUUAUUUGAACAUUUUCCUGAAAAUAUUUAUAUACAGAUAUAAAAUGAUAUUUAGGUCAUAGUUGUAGACAGUGUAAUGUAUUUUUUGUUUUAUUUAAGAGCAAAUAUAGCUCCAUCUAUGUUGUUUAUGUACUCUGUGUAUAUUUUAUAUGAGAGCAAAGAGAGUUCCAUGUUUUUUUUUGGUCUUAAAGUUUUAAGGUGAAAGGGAGGAUGCAAGCAUUUUGACUGCCAUCAUUUAUGAGAUGUCACAGCAACAAGUGGUGACAUAUUGUUAUAGUCUUCAACUUUUUUGUUGCAGCAUUUGAAAUUUGGUGUCUGUAACAAAUGGCAGGUGGUGUCAUUCUGCAUGUUUUUGCCUUGUAAUAAUUCUAUUUCAUCAAUGUACCAUUCCUGUAGUUGC